CAAAAAUCAAUUAAAAAUAUUUUUUUUAUCAAGACCAAAAGUUAUAUAAAUAGAGAAUUCCAGUUUCAUAUCAGAACAAGGUUGUAUGUUUUCAAUAGGUUUAAUACAAAAAACAAUAAAUACUAUGGAUACUACAAAAAACUUAUUGAUCUUAUUUCUCAUAGUAAUACUUGUACCUUCAUUUUCUAACCACAACCUUUCGGCUUUAGGAAAGGAAAAAAUAUCAUUUGAUAACUGCAAGGACUUGUGUACCAUGCUAUAUGAUUGGCGUCCAUGUUUUGUUGACUGCAUAUCAGCUGGCUUCGAUGACGCAAAAUGUGUUUCUCCUUCUCCGGGGGAUCCUCCGAGAUGUUGUUGCCAAAGAAAUCAUGUUGUCAAAAGCAAUACAAACUCAACAUUGUCUCCUUAAUGAUUAGUGAUUCAAACACUGUAAUAAAUGCAUGAAUAUAUAUUAAAAACUAUUUAUAAUAAUUUAUAUUUUUAGGCAA